AUGGCUGUGCACGUGAGCCUCUUGAGUGGUCGCACUGUUUCGGUGCCAUGGUCUGAAGAACUGAACAUCAAGUCAUUGAUGCGCUGGGCUGGGGAAGAGUUAGGAGUUCCAAUUGGCUCCGUGUGCAAAGAGGAUGGGUCCUCCGUGCUGAAACUGGAAGACUCAUUGAAAGAGGCGGGUCUUCAGAAUGGGGAUAUCCUCUAUGCGACCGUGGGUCAAGCACGGCUGCUCUCAAUCCGCCACUUGCCCGCCUUUGUCCUUAUCUCCGCAGACAGAACGGCACGAUUUUUGGGUGAGCCAAUGCAAGGCGGCCCCUUGUUGAAUCAUAUCUUGCAUGACGUGGAGGAUGUGAGCUUUACAACAGGGGCCGCUGCAGUGCUGAGAUCCGACGGGAGCGUGCGGACCUACGGAGCACGGGAUGUCGGGGGGCUUGGCCCGGCAGGCCUCGUAAACGUCAAGCAGGUUUCUGCCACCUUUGGUGCAUUUGCUGCCGUGAAGGCAGAUGGGAGCGUGGUGGCCUGGGGAAAUCCGGACGAUGGUGGGGACUGUAGGGAGGUUUCGGCUCAGCUGAGAGAUGUCGACCGGCUCUACAGUGCGGGACAAUCCUUUGCAGCGGUGCUCCGCAACGGCUCCGUGGUCACCUGGGGAGAUGAAUCAGGAGGUGGGAGCGGUGAUAGCAGCGAUGUUCAGCACCAGCUGCACGAUCCCGUAUACAUGGCAGGGACGCGCGGUGCUUUUGCAGCGCUGCUUUCCGACGGAAGCGUAGUAUGUUGGGGUGAUUCUGAUUGCGGUGGGGACUGUUCGCGGGUACAGCAGCAACUAUGGAAUAUAACGCAGCUUUGUGGGACGGAUGGAGCCUUUGCCGCUUUGCGUGCAGAUGGCCACGUGGUAGCAUGGGGUGAAAGCUCGGCUGGAGGUGUGGCCGGCGGCGCCCAGCCAAAACUUCGGAAUGUAGUCCAGUUACAAGCUUCCGAUUCCGCAUUUGCAGCUCUGCUUUACGACGGCACCGUGGUCACCUGGGGUUCUCCAUCCCACGGCGGCGACAGCCGACGAGUUCAACAUGAAUUACAGGGUGUACGCGCGUUGUGUGCAUCCUCAGCUGCCUUCGCAGCCCUGAGGCAAGAUGGCUUCGUUGUGACCUGGGGCAAGUUGCAGAUGCCCAUCAUCGGAGAAGUUGCGAGCGUAAGCGGGGCCGCCGGACGAUUUGCACUCCUCUUGUUGGACGGACGCCUCCUCGGAUGCCAGGAGAAGAACACCUGCAAUUGGGUGCCUUUGGAUGCUUUGGAGGCUGUAGGGCCGAGCCCUUUGCUCCGCUUCCGAGGACUCCGAGGACCUUUCGGCCUGCAGUAA